AUGCGACCCUGCCAUUUCAAAAUAGCAUCCUCGCUCAGCCGCGGGCUGCAUACCGCUCGCUUCACGUCCCGCCCACAGCGAUACCUCCAUGUCACGACACCAGCGAGCAUGCCUCGAAAGCGCAACUUUUUCACCUCGAACGUUUACCUUUCCCAGAGCACUGGCGAGCCGACUACGAGGCAAUCGAAGCAGGAAGAUGACGGUUCUUCCCAACCCACAGCAUCGAAGCGUAAGGUGGUGCGCUCUGCGGGCGCAAAGAACUCUUUACGACGCGUAGCGAUUAUUGCCCAGCGACCAGCGCAACGAGAACCCGGAGCGGUGUCUGCAGAGGCGACGGAUGCGUCUACCUCCACAUUGAUAAGCGCUGUGUGUGUUGCCGAAGCCUUUAAUAUGGGAACGGUUUUGGAAAUUCUCCGGGCGCAUGGGUUUGACAUCGAUCCGUACCAGAGCGGAUUCGAGGCGAGCGAGGUGGUCCACGCACGUGGGGUCAAUGGCGGUGAUAUCUUUGUUUUCCCCUCCGGAACAAUUGUCACAUGGGCACUGCCCCCAGAUGUUGUUACGAAGCAGUUGCUGAGUGGAGCAGAAACGCCGCUCAAGCCGGCUCUUCGGGAGGUCGAGGAUCUGGAGUAUAUAUCCGAUCCAAACAGGGAGACGAGUAGUAUGAAGGGUGAUAUUGUAGUCUUGGGCACAAAACUCGAAGAACGAGACGGCGAUAUGCUCGAUACAACUCUCGCCAAGAUUGCAUUCUCUUCCGGACUAGCCCGAAGUACGAAGCUUGCUGUGCUGGAAAGCGCGCUGACGGCUUACUUUGAGAGCACCAGGAAGAUCCCUUCGGUGCUAUCAAAGGGUUCUGGCUUGCCCUUGGGCAGAAAGUUCAUCCUGCAGAAAACGGGCGAGCUUUUGAGCCUCCGCGCAAGGCUCAACCACUAUUCGGAACUGACUGACUCUCUUCCAGACAUCUUCUGGGACAGCCGAUCUGAACUGGGUCUGGAAGGUUACUAUGAGCAGGUUGGUCGGGCGCUGGACGUCAACAUACGAAUUCGGACAUUGAAUCAGAAGAUGGACUAUGCGCAAGAGAUUGCGAGUGUCCUGCGAGAGAUGUCGAGCGAACAGCAUAGCACCAGGCUGGAGUGGAUCAUCAUUAUUCUCAUUGCUGUCGAGGUCGUGUUCGAAGUAAGGAGGAUUGUACUCGAGUAUAGAGAAGAAAAGGAGGGCGACAAGGUGGAAGCCCAGGAUCAUGUCUAUUAA